AUGGCUUCAAUUAACAAGUAUUGGGCACUGUAUGGGGCCCUGUGCUCCUCCGCGUUGAGCCAAGUACUAUUCAAACCCGUCAACGACUUUCAACCACUUGCUGGUCAAACUCCUUCAAUUACUCUCGACAUAGAUACCCUUUUUAACAAUCGUGGUUUUGGAACUGUAUCUGGUGAUGGUAAUUUUGACGGCAGUGGUGGUAAGAUUGGCUAUCUCAUAACGUUGAGUGAAAGUGGUCCUGAUUGGUAUACCUUCAUGAUAGGUGCAUAUCCCGCUGUGGACAUUCCACCGUCGAGUUUUGUGUACAAUGGUAUCAACUUCUCGUUUCCCAAUUACAAUGCAACAGGGAACGACAAUAUUGUGGUUCUUGGACAAACUGUCAACGUUCCCAAGGGGAGAUAUCUGAGCUUGGAGAUGCUAGCGGCAUCCGAGUCUGGUAUGCAGUCCGGUCCAGUCACUGCAACUUACUCCGACGGCACAACGAGUACAGGAUAUGUGCUCGUUCCGCCAUGGUGGAGCUGGCCAUACCCGGAGGGCGGAGAUUUGGUGUUCCCAUAUCGCAUUACUGAUGUUGGUGUGGACUACAACCGGACUAAUAUAUUCCAGACAACAAAUUGGCUAGAUUCAUCAAAGGAUUUGAUAUCAUUGACGCUUCCUGAUCUCGGAACUGGAGUCGGGUCCAGAAUGCAUGUUUUCUCCAUGUCCCUGACACCGAUAUCUUCGUCCCCUGUACCAGGUCCGAAUCUUGAAAUUCACUUUGCCCGAUCAACCAAGAAAUGGGUUGAUAAAUCCGAUAAAACUCAAAUCAUCGAAGUGGUUGUGAAUAAUGUUGGCUCUGAUUUUGUCUUGUCGAACAACUCAGUCAGUUUAACAGUUGAAUCUCCUGGAUUGCAUACUGUACAGGAAGGGCUCAUAAAGAGACUGCGCCCAGGUGAUCAAGUUACUGUCGAUAUUGGCGUCGUGAAUAAGCCUGGUAUAAAACCUGGUAGUACUGGUAACGCGACGAUUGUCUUAUCAGGACAUGAUGUCAAGAGUCAUAGAUACACAUUUAAUGCCACGUACGGCAUCGGUACCUAUGAACCAACCUACGAAUCGGUGUACUCGCAUGAGUCCCCCAAUUGGUUCAACAAUGCCAAGUACGGAAUUUUUAUUCACUGGGGUGUUUACUCUGUCCCAGGGUGGGGAAAUACUGGCAAUAAGGAGUCUUAUGCCGAAUGGUAUUGGUGGGCUCUCAAUCAAGGACCGGACUCAUGGUCACAGACAUACCAAUAUCACCAGCAGACAUAUGGUCAAAACGUGGUUUACGACAACUUCAUACAGAACUUCACAGCAGACGCAUGGGAUCCUAAAGAAUGGGUGGAUCUUUUCGCAGAUGCAGGCGCUAACUAUUUUGUACAAGUCAGCAAGCAUCAUGACGGAUAUGCUCUUUUUGACCUUCCAGCCAACGUCAGCACAAGAACAUCUGUAGCUCAAUAUCCAUAUAGGAACUUAUUGAAGGAACUCUUUGAUGCUGCCCAGAAAUACCAACCACAUCUCCAUAGGGCAGCGUACUAUUCUCUACCAGAGUGGUUCAGUCCAGCUUACGCCAAAUAUGGCUUUGGGUCCUGGCCAGGAGGAAAUGCAACAAAUCCGUUUACCAACGAAACGCUUCCUUAUACUGGCUUUGUUGAUGUGUCUGACUACAUCGAAGAUAUUAUAAUCCCGCAAAUGAAUGCUCUCGCGGAACUCGGUUCUGAAAUCAUGUGGUGUGAUAUCGGUGGACCGAAUAAGACCGCUGAAUUUGCGUCUUCGUGGUUCAAUCGUGCCGCUCAACAAAAUCGCCAAGUAUUGAUGAACUCACGGUGUGGAUUACCUGGUGACUUUGACACCCCCGAGUACGCACGAUACUCUGGGGUUCAAGUCCGCAAGUGGGAAUCUAAUCUGGGCAUGGAUCCUUUCAGCUUUGGCUACAAUAGAGCCACCCCGUUGUCAGGUUAUAUGAAUGCCUCUGCGAUCGUGACAAGUUUGGUCGAUAUUAUAAGCAAGAAUGGGAACUUCCUCUUAGAUAUAGGCCCUCAGGCAAACGGCACAAUUCUUGAAGUCGAACAGACCAAUCUUCGUGAUGCUGGUGUUUGGAUCAAGUCCCACGCAGAAGCUAUUUUCAACACUUCUUACUGGUUUGUGACUCCCGAGGAGGGACAAAACAUCCGCUUCACUACAACUCCAGAAGCCUUUUACAUCAUGAGUCUAAGUCAGCCAAAUUCUACCAUUGUACUGAACAGUCCCAUCCCAUGGGUCCCAGGCGACAAAGUCACGGUUGUUGGUGGUGAUCAGCACGGCAAAAUAGUAGCUAGUCAACAACUGUCCAACGGGUCUGUGCAGUUCAAUGUUUCUCAGUCUGUUGCUGAUGCAGAUCGGUAUGCGUGGGUAUUCAAGAUUACGUACUAA